CAGUCCAACUCGAGCCUCCAAGCCGCGCGAUCUCAUGCGCAUAUGCGUCCCCAUCUCCGCGAGUGAUUAUGGUGGUGUUCACGCAAGCAUAACAGUGCCUUCGCCUAUACCAUACCUCUGAAGUAUACUUUUCAGAUAGCGAGUCUGGCGCGAAUGCUAGUCCCGCGCGGCUCGGGCUGCUGAGGCGCGCGGGCGAUGGCGAGUAGGGCGCUACACUCGCUGCUGGCCUCCGUGGCGCUGGUUUCGCUAGCGGGUGCUGCGCGCUUCGGAGACCGCCUCGCGCCACGUGUGCCCGCCGCCUACGGGCCGCGCAACGCACACGGACGCGCCGUCCCUCACCUCGCCGACUCCCACUACGAGGACUCCUACGAGCAGGAUGACUAUAACGAACAAAUUGCCGGCAUCGAGGAAUUGCUGCCAGAGACAGAACCUCCGCCACGGCGCCCGGCCCGCACCGAAGCGCAUCGCCUCGAGAUGAGUACUGAGUACUUUGUGGUACCGCAGCGCAGCUCGUCAUCGCCAGCGCCGCCCACAUCAUCUCGGCCGUCCUAUACAACGCCGCGGCCGCGGCCGAUAAACACGACCACCAUAGCAACGCCGAUUACGGGAGCAUUACGUUCAGAAUCUUGGGCAGUACCAAUCUUAGCCCUUGCGUGUGUGAGUAUGGUGACGAUCGGCGGAUUCGAGGCGUUCGUCGUAUGGGGAGCCAGCAAGAGAUCCCCCAGCCAACGCCACCUUCUUCUUGGGCAGACUCUUUUAUUUGGACUAUUUACGAGUGCGGCUACUGCGGCCCUCUACGCCGCUACCCCUACUGUAUUUACGUGCGGUGCAGUUCGCUUCGGGACAGGCGUAUCAUACGUGGUUGUUUUUGCCUCUCUGCUUGUGAAAUGCGUGUUCCUGCUGAGCCUGAACGGAGGUGUUUACUUGCCAGCGACGUAUCAAGGCCUGCUUCUGUUUUUCGCAGUGAUGAUCCAAGUAGCAAUUGGCGCGCAAUGGCUUGGCGGCUCGCCACCGCGUGUGGCGACAGGAGGUGCGCGUUGUGAGGGCGCCCUCUCGGAACUACUCCUGUCACUAUGCUACGCGGCUUUCCUAGUGACAGUGGUUUGCGGCGUGGCGUUGAGGUCACGGGGUAUUCGUGAUAAUUAUCGUGAAGCAACACACAUUGCGGGUGCGGGUGGCGCCACAGCUGCCGUUUGGGUGUGCUGGGUAGCUGCGGCGUUGGGUGCUCCCGAGCGCCACCGCGACGCGUGUAUAGCGGCAGGCCUGCUCGCUACUACAUCGGUCGUCUUUGCGCUCAUGUUCGCACCUAAGGGCCGCCGCUUGGCGGCAUUAGGCCGCGAGGGGCGCUGGGACGCAGAUCGUGACGAGGGACUGAGCUCAUUGGGCGCUGGCGGGUCAGGCUACUCGCCAUCGUUCUUCCAUUUCAAACCCGUGAAGUACGGUAUGGUGUCAGCGGUAGCGCCGGGGCCUGCGGCUGUCGCUCUCGAUCGCAAGGAACCGCCCGCUCAGCCAGCCGAUCCGUACGGCGCGCUGUUCGCGAGCUCGCCUCUCCCGCACGCCCGCCCCCCGUGCUCCCCGCCGCACUACCCCCUGCACUACCCCAUGCACUACCACUACAACUACCCGCCUUAUCACUAUCUAAUGCCUCCAGGCGUGAUGGUGCGCGGCGAGGAGGGUAACGUGUACACGAGCGUGGAGCCCACCUUCAGCAGCAACCCCAACGUGUACUUCCAGCGGCCAGAGCCGCUGCAUGUCGGCAUGAUGUACUGAGCCCUGCCAAUCCUGCGUUCCCCGCGAACACCGCGAUUUGACAGUGCAACCGCUACCACCAACGGAUAAUGCAAUCCUCACCAAACGUUACCGUUGCUGACAUCGUCAACCACGUACGGCUUACAUAUUCGAGCUUCAGAGACCCGCGGCACAUAGACGC